GUCUGGAAAAUAUGGGAGGCUGGACGCAUGAAGGCAUUGGUCCUUGACCUCAACAGUCCAUUUUCUUUUGAAUCCGAACACAAGCAAUCGUUGAUAAACUACUUUGUCCACAACCUACACUCACAAAAUUUAUAUUUUAUUCGGUUUUUCAUAUGCGAGAUCUUUAACUUGUGCAAUGUAUUUCUUCAGAUUUAUUUUAUGGACCUGUUUCUUGAAGGUGAAUUUAGAACCUAUGGCUUAGAUGUGUUUAAAAUGAUUGAAAUGAAUCCUGAAGAUCGUAAUGAUGUAAUGUCUCGAGUGUUUCCUUUAGUCACCAAGUGUACRUUCAAUAAAUUCGGUCCUUCUGGAACCAUACAGAAACUKGACGGUAUGUGUAUAUUGUCACAAAACAAUCUUAACGAAAAAAUAUAUGUAUUUUUAUGGUUUUGGUUAUGGUUUGUUGCCAUAAUUAGCGUAUUAAACUUUGUAUAUCGCACACUUGUCAUUAUGGUCCCCUGUUUCCGUUUAUUUUUAUUGAGAUCAAAAACUGAUCGCUUUUCUUAUGAAAACUUAAAAACUUUAACYCAGAAAUUUUGGAUCGGUGAUUGGUUUGUCUUUUAUCAAUURUCUCAAAAUGUCAGCCCUGUAGUUUUCAGGGAGCUGGUAUCAGAAUUGACCGAAAAGUUUGAGGCAAAGGAUAAUGUGUAAU